CUCGGCGGACACAACAUUUUUGUUGGUAUGUGGUGCUGAGGAUCGAACCCAGGCCACACGGAUGCCAGGCGAGCGCGCUACCGCUUGAGCCACAUCCCCAGCCCUGGAGCUGGGUCUUGAAAGGCAGCCUUUAGUAGUUAUGAGAGGAACAGAGAGAUGUGCACAUUUCUUUAGCUUUUUUUUUUUUUUUUUUUUGUUAACCAAAUGUUGUCUGUGCCAAGCUGUGUGCUAGUUAUGAGGCUAGAUAAAUGAUCCAGAGCUUGGGCCAGUGGAGCUGUUAAAUCUAUUUAGAAGUAGUCACAAGCAACUGAACACAUGCUUGAUGCAGAGGAACAUUUUAAUAGUUAUGGGGACACUGUGAGGGUUUAACUAACAUAGCCUUAACUAAGUGGGGUGGGCCACACAUCAGAAAAUUUCAAGGCCCAGAUGAUGGAUAUUCAAAGGGAAGCUGAGGGAGAACUGUGUUUCAGUUUCAAGACAAACACCAAACCACAGAGGGGAGGCACACGGUCCAAGGUCCUUUUACUUUCCGAGGAUGGGCAGAUCCUGGCAGAAGCAGAUGGACUGAGCACAAACCACUGGCUAAUCGGGACAGAAAAAUGUGUGGAGAGGAUCAACGAGAUGGUGAACAGGGCCAAACAGAAAGCAGGGGUGGAUCCUCUGGUACCUCUGCGAAGCUUGGGCCUAUCCUUGAGUGGUGGGGAGCAGGAGGAUGCACUGAGGAUGCUGACGGAGGAGCUAAGGGACCGAUUUCCCUACCUGAGUGAGAACUACUUUAUCACCACGGAUGCUGCAGGCUCCAUCGCUACAGCUACGCCAGAUGGUGGGAUCGUGCUCAUCUCUGGGACAGGCUCCAACUGCAGGCUCAUCAACCCUGAUGGCUCUGAGAGUGGCUGCGGCGGCUGGGGCCACAUGAUAGGAGACGAGGGCUCAGCCUACUGGAUUGCACACCAAGCAGUGAAAAUAGUGUUUGACUCCAUCGACAACCUAGAGGCGGCUCCUCAUGAUAUUGGUUAUGUCAAGCAGGCCAUGUUCAACUAUUUCCAGGUGCCAGAUCGGCUAGGAAUCCUUACCCACCUGUACAGGGAGUUUGACAAAAGCAGGUUUGCUGGGUUUUGCCGGAAAAUUGCCGAAGGUGCCGAGCAGGGAGACCCCCUUUCUCGCUACAUCUUCAGGAAGGCUGGGGAAAUGCUGGGCAGACACAUCGUAGCAGUGCUGCCCGAGAUUGACCCGGUCUUGUUCCAAGGGAAGAUUGGCCUCCCCAUCCUGUGUGUGGGCUCUGUGUGGAAGAGCUGGGAGCUACUGAAGGAAGGUUUCCUUUUGGCGCUGACCCAGGGUAGAGAGAUCCAGGCUCAGAACUCCUUCUCCAGCUUCACCUUGAUGAAGCUGAGGCACUCCUCCGCCCUGGGUGGGGCCAGCCUAGGGGCCAGGCACAUUGGGCAUCUCCUCCCCAUGGACUACAACGUCAAUGCCAUUGCCUUCUACUCCUACACCUUCUCCUAGGGGACUGGUCCAAGCUCCUCCCAUUCUAAGCCUAGUGGACAUUGGGUGCUAGAAAGGAGGUCUUUUCUUUUUUAAAAACACAUAUAGAAGAAAAUAAAUGCACUCUGCCCAUUCCCCAAU